AUGGGAGAAGUUACAAAAGCAGAUCUUGAUGCUCUUACUGCUUCUCUUACCGCAACGUUUACCGCUGCCCUCAACACAGUGAACAACUCCAUGAACAAUCAGAUUGGAGAAAUUCAAGAAAUUGUGCAACCUGAACAACAAGGACAAGCUGAUCAGGAUUACAAAGUCAAGGCUGAGAUCCCUUUCUUUUCGGCCAACUUGGGUGCAGAAGAUUAUCUAGAUUGGCAGCUUAAGGUGAACAGAUACUUUGAGAUUAUGGAGGUGCCUGAAAACAAUCAGCUUAUGAUGGAGAGAUUCUUGCCGGAUGAUUAUGAGCAGAUUCUGUACAGGUUGUAUAUUGAGUGUGAACAAUGUACGAGGACCGUGGCUGAGUACAUUGAUAAGUUCUUACGCUAUUCAAAGCGUAAUGAACUAGGAGAAACUGAAGACUGUGACAAAAGCUUCAAGCCUGCAUUGAAAGAAGAAUUAUUAGAGAAGCCUUCACGAGCUUUUUCCUUCCAGAGGCAGACCUAUCAGAGGAGCACAGAGUUGGUGAACUCCUCAACUGGCAAGGGAAAAUCUAUACAGCAAAAUACAGAGAGUGCUCCUAGGGUUUCCAAUCCUCCUUUUAAAGGGACUAGCGGUUCUAGCAGUGUUCAAAAUAGGGUCCCAAGUCAGAAGCCUAAUAAUCCUUAUGCGAGGCCUAUAACAGAACUUUGCUAUAGAUGCAACAAGCCUAGACAUAGGUCUAAUGUGUGUCCUGAGAGGAGACAAACCACUCUUAUAGGUGAUUAUGAUGAAGAUGAAGAAGAAGUUGAAAGAGGUGAUGAAUAUGAAGGGGUUGAGUUUGCGGUGGAGGAGUCUCUUGAGAAGGUUAAUAUUGUGUUGCGGAGGAUCUUAUUAACUCUUAAGGAGGAUGGGCAGCGGUGCAAUAUUUUUAGAUCACUUUGUUCCAUUAAUAACAAAGUGUGCAAUCUAAUUGUGGAAAAUGGGAGCUGCGAAAAUUUUGUAGCCAGAAAAUUGGUGGAGUAUUUGCAGUUACCUACAUAG